CUGACAGAACGGCCGAGUUCAGCCUUGCACGCUAACAUCACCUCAUGAGCAGCUAACAGGAGCAGGCAUUUUAUCCAAGAUGGCGUCGUCGCAAUCUUUGAGCACAUGGUCUCACUCAUAUUGUCGAUCAUCAUGGCCGGACACAUGAAGGCUGCGCAGAUUCUAGAGGUAAUGUGACGUCAUCGAUGUAAAAGGAAGGCAUUGUUGGCCUUGAAUGCAGUUCGAUAAGCUGUAUCAGCUCUGUGAGAGACCAAUACCUACGUGUGAUGAGCAUGAUCUUCUUGUUCAGGUGCAUGCUGCUGGAUUUUGUCAUUCGGAUCUGCAGGUCCUGCAAGAUCAAAUUCCCAGCAAGCCUGCCAAUGAUUCCAUCUCCCGAACUAGCAGACAAAAUUUUGCAAGUUGGCGCUCAAGUUCAUGGCAGCUGGAAGUUUGGCGAUCCUGUCUGGGUUUUGAACUUCAAAAAUGCGUGUCGGCAAUGUAUAGGGUGCCAACAGCACAUGAAGAGGUCGUCACGCACACGCAUCGAUCCUCGAUUCUGCGAGAGAAGGCAGAUGGUUGGCUUCAAGCAUGAUAGUGCCUUCGCUGAUUACAUGUUAGCCGAUCCUGAGACCACCAUCCAUUUGCCUGAAGGGGUCUCAUUUGAACAAGGAGCACCUCUGGUGUGCGCUGGAGCGACUGCCUUGGGCGCAUUACAAAAGUUGAGACCAGACGUCAAAAGUGGCGAAGCGAUUGCUAUCGUAGGUGUUGGAGGUAUCGGCCACCUCAUAGUACAAUUCGCCAAGGAAGUGGGUUUCCGCGCCGUAGCCAUCGAUAAUCGGGAAGAAAGUCGACAACUAGCUCUGGAUGUUGUCGACCACCUGAAGCCGGAUCUCGUGGUUGACUCCAUGGCCAGCGAUGCAGAGCCUUGUCGACAGGUAUUUGCACAAGUCAAUGAAAGGCAGAAUAGCCAUAUAAGUAGCACGAUAGACUUCAGCAGGACGGACACACCGACCGAAGUGCACUCUCAUAUCACAGAAAAGCUCGGACGCUGCAGCUACCAGUCCUUCUCUGAGUCGAGCCUGGGAGACCUUUAGAGUGAUUUUAGCUGUCCUAGAAGCAGGCAUGACUUGACUACCUCCCAUGAUUUGG